AUGAUGCGAAGUACUGGUAGAUCUACGAGUUCGAGAGCUUUAGCAGAUGCGGAAUUGAAACAUUCCCUCGAAGCGAGGAUGGAAAAGAACGGGAAGAAGGAUGAGUCAGAAAAAAAGCUUCUAGAGGAGGACGGAAUACCGAGCAGUUACAGGGGCAGAGCAAGUGUUCUCGAGCGCAAAUUUUUCUUGUACCUAAGCGACUUCUUCAAACUUGGAUGGAGCGAGAAAGGCCUCAAAGAAGCGGACAUCUCUUCGCCACAAGAAAAGUCUAAGUCUGAAGAACUAACCAAGCGCUUGGAGCAAAAAUGGGAGGUAGAAUCGAAGAAGAAAAAUCCCAGCUUAGCAUGGGCCCUGGCGAAAGCCUUCAUUCCAGAACUUCGGAAGCCCGCGUUUUUUAUGUGCAUUGCCGAGUUUAUGCGCUUUUACAGUUGCUUCGUGCUCACUUGGUUGAUCAAGAGCUACAGAGAGAACGACUUCUACUCGUCGUAUAAAUGGGCUUUCCUCUUUGGACUUGUAAAUAUCUGCUGGACUUGCUGCCAUCAUCCGAAUUUCCUCUACCACCAAAGAGCUGGCGCGCACAUGAGAAUAGCCUGCUGCUCGCUCAUGUUCAAGAAGCUGCUCAAAAUAUCCCAGCCAGGCUUGCAGCGAACUUCAAGAGGCCAACUAGUAAACCUUAUGUCCAACGAUGUAAUGAAAUUCGACAUUGCGUUGAUUUUCAUCAACUACUCGUAUCUAGCCCCCCUCGGUUGCGCCUUUGCUCUCUGGUUUCUCUGGCCAACGUAUGGUUAUGCAUGUGUGGGAGGUUUUAGCAUUUUAAUCGUACUUGCUAUUCUUCAAUCUUUUCAAUCGCGGCUUUUUCUACAUAUCCGAAUGAAGACAGCGGGCAGAAGUGACAAAAGAAUAAAAAUUAUCGACGAAAUGAUCAAUUCCAUGAAAGCUAUCAAGGUUUAUUGCUGGGAGAAACACUUCGACGGAUUAAUUGCAGAUAGCCGAGCAGAUGAAGUUCGAGCAAUCUGGUCGGGAAAAUUCCUCGUUGGUCUUUUUUCUUCUUGCUUUAUUUUUGGUACGAAGUUGUCGACAUUUUGCAGCGUUGCGAUUUAUAUUUACUACACUGCCGCCACGGAUUUUUCCGCCGAGAAGAUCUUCUUCCUCAUUGCGCUGUUGAAUGCUGUAAGAGUGUCGGUCUCCAUCUUCUUCCCGCUAAACUGCGUUUUUGCUAGCGAAGCCUACGGAUCUGCAAAACGUAUUCAAGAGUUUCUCAUGCUCGAAGAGCGCAGUGGUUCCUCAAGAGCUUCCGGUGAUUUGAAAGUUGGGGAGAUUGAGAUCUCUGAAGCUGAUGCGAGCUGGAAUGGAAAAGACAACGUCUUGGAAAAAAUCGACCUGUCAGUAAAACCGCAAGAACUCGUCGUUUGUACAGGAAAAGUUGGAGCUGGAAAAUCCAGCCUUCUAGCGUUGAUUAUGGACGAGUUGAAAAUCACUUCUGGAAACGCCAUGUCAAGUGGGACGAUUUCCUACUGUCCCCAAGAAGCCUGGAUCUUCAUCGGCUCGAUCAGAGAAAACAUCCUCUUUGGCGCUCCAUUCAACGAAGAAAAAUACAACCAAGUCGUGGAAAAAUCCGCUCUCUCGCGAGAUAUCGAGCUCUUUCCAAAGGGAGACCAGACGAUUGUCGGUGACAAAGGGGUGUCUCUUUCUGGAGGGCAGCGAGCUAGAAUUAACUUUGCCCGAGCGCUUUAUCGAGAAGCAGAUAUUUACAUCUUCGAUGAUCCAUUUUCUGCAGUGGAUCCGAGGGUUGGAAAGAAACUAGCCUACACAAUUCAUACUUACUUGACGAGCAAAACGAGGAUAGUAAUUACGCACCAGGAGCACUACUUGCCUAAAUACAAUCAACUGAUAACCAUCGCCAACGGAAAAAUCACUGACAACAAACAGAACGAAGAAACAGAGUCAAUCAAACUCGAAGAGCCCACAGAAGAGUCUACAAUCAGCUUGCCAAAAAAUCACGAAGAAAGUUCAGCUCAAGAAAAGUUCAAAGAAAAAAAUGAAGAAGGAAGUCUCAGCUGGUCAAUGUUGAAAGGCUACUUGUCGAUGAAACACCCCUUGUUCGGAUGGCUACUGUAUUUCUGCUUCGAAAUGAGCGGGAUGGGACUCGUCUAUUUUUCGGACAUUUGGCUGAAGAUAUGGGUUUCCGAUGUGGAGAGACAGACGAGAGAAUUGUGUGAAGAUUCUCGGAAUGAGAAUAUUUCGAUCUCGGUCCACAAUGAAAGUAGAUUUAUUGAGUCUCCGUUUGGGGACUGCGAAAGUGUCAAUUUGAUGGACUUGCCGGACUCUUACUACUACAAGAAUGUCUAUCUAGGAAUUUCUAUCGCCAUCCCUUUCAUCGUCAUCGCCUUCCGAACUACUUUCCUCCGCAUGUGCGUGAUGACCAACGCAUCUCUCCACGACAAGAUGACGAAGCAAGUAAUCCGCGCGCCGGUCAGCUUCUUCGAAGAAUCUUCAGGAGGAGUCGUACUCAAUAGAUUCUCCAAGGAACUCGGCCAAGUGGAUGAUAUGCUUCCAUUUACGUCGAUGGAUGCUGUCAGUAUUGGCCUUUCGGUGAUAGGAAUUCUGACUGUUGUUGGCUUCGCGAAUAUUUACACGGUCCUCAUUUCGGUUCCGUUACUGUACAUCUGCUUGUAUCUCCGCCGGUACUACAUCAAAACUGCCCGUCAACUGAAACGACUAGAAGGCUCACUUCGAUCGCCAAUGUACGACACAGUCAACUCGACUUUCAACGGUCUUCUGGUUGUCCGCGCUUUCCGGCAGCAUGAUUUGUCUAUUUCCGAGUUCGACAAGAGGCAGGAUCGACAUACAGGCGCAUGGAUGCUCUUUUUGGAAACUGGUCGCUGGCUUGGAUUCAGUCUGGACCUGAUUUUGUCUACUUACAUCUUCAUCAUUGCUGUUUGUUGUCCGCUUCUUGCCAAGUACUCGGGAAUGGAUCCUGGAGAUGUUGGACUGACCUUAGCGACGCUGGUUCAAAUUUUGGGAAUGAUGCAGUGGGGAGUCCGGCAAAGUGCCGAGACAGAAGCUCUUCUUACUUCAGUGGAACGCUUGAUGAGCUACACAACUCUUGAAACAGAAACUACCAAAGGAAAAGUCGCUGAGAAAGAGUGGCCAUCAUCCGGCGAGAUUGAAUUCAAACAACUGCAUUUCAGCCACGGCUACAGUGGAGAGGCAGCCGAUGAUGUCCUGAAAAAUAUCUCCCUAAAGAUCCAUUCGGGCGAGAAAAUCGGAAUCGUCGGCCGAACCGGCGCUGGAAAAAGCUCCCUGACGACAUCGCUCUUCCGACUGCGCGAAAUCCGCGACGGAGAAAUCAUCAUCGACGGCGAAAACACCGCUGACCUCAAGCUCAAGUGUCUCCGAGAAGGGAUCACGCUCAUUCCUCAGGAGCCAACGAUAUUUUCGGACACGAUAAGGUCGAAUUUAGAUCCAAAUUCGGUCAGAACGGACGCUGAGAUUUGGUCGGUUCUUGAAACGACGCAGCUGAAAGAAGCCGUGGAAGCUCUUGAAGGAAAACUCAGCUACGAGCUGCCGCCUGGAGGAUCAACCUUUUCAAUUGGUCAGAGGCAGCUGAUGUGCAUGGCCCGCGCGCUGCUUUCCCGAACAAAGAUUCUCCUCAUCGACGAAGCGACCGCAAACGUAGACCCUAAAACUGACGAUAUCAUCCAAGCCAUCAUCCGAACCGAGUUCGCCGACUGUACUACGCUGACUAUUGCCCACCGAAUCAACACGAUCAUCGACUGCGAUCGUAUUCUUGUGCUCAAAAACGGAAAUGUUGCUGAAUUCGAUAGCCCAGGAAACCUACUCAACGACGAUGCCUCAUAUUUUUCCCAGAUCGUCUCAGAAACGAACAUCGCUGCUGAAUUGCGUCAACGAGCAAAAAAUAAAUAA